AUGUCACUGUUGGUAAACGGUUCGCCAACUAAACAGUUCAAGAUGGAUAAAGGUCUGAGGCAAGGUGAUCCUCUUUCUCCGUUCUUGUGUGUACUUGUUGUUGAUGUCCUACAUAGAAUGAUUGGGGAGGCAGUCAGAAAUGGGCGGAUAUCCCCUCUGUUCAUGGGAAGAGACAAUAUAGAAUUGUCACACCUCCAGUUCGCUGAUGACACUAUAGUGUUCUGUCCGCCAGAGGAGGAGACCGUUAAGAAUUAUAAAAGACUUCUACGAUGCUUCGAAUUGAUGUCAGGCCUAAGCAUCAACUUUGAGAAAUUGAGCUUGAUACCAAUCAAUUGUGAUCACCAAUGGGUUCAGAGCAUGUGUAGUUUGCUGGGGUGUAAGGAGGCUGCUCUUCCAGUUAAAUACUUGGGGAUCCCUUUAGGUGCGAAUCCGAGGUUGGUGAAAACUUGGAAGCCAAUAAUUGACAAAGUGGAGGAGAAGCUUAGCUUAUGGAAAUCUAAGGUCCUUAAUAAAGUGGGAAAGUUGGUUCUCAUCAAGGCUGUCUUAAAUAAUGGGAGGAAUGACAUGGCUUUGGUUAGAUGGGAAGUGGUCCAAGCUCCCAAAAGGUUAGGCGGGCUAGGAGUUGGUGAUGCAAUGCUCCGUAACACAGCAUUGCUAUUUAAGUGGUGCUGGAGAUUCUCUAAGGAGGAGUGUCCAUUGUGGAAGAAAGUGGUCUGCUCAUGUAAUAAUCUCUUCCCUAACCAGCUAUUAUCAAUCCAGGAUUUACUUACUACAGGGGGGCCUUGGAAGGAUAUUUGUCAGCUACAGAUAAAGGAGCAACAUGUAAGAGACAAGAUGAUAACUGGUUUGUCAAUGGAGAUUAGUGAUGGAAGAAGAACUCAUUUUUGGGAAGAUGUCUGGUUAAGUUGUGGUUCCCUGAAGGAUAGGUUUCUGAGGCUGUUCUCGGUUUCAACCCAAAAAGGCUUUGUCAUAGGGGUUUGUGGGUUUUGGGAUGGGCUUGAGUGGAUUUGGAACUUCCAAUGGUGGCGCGAGCUUUUCAAAUGA